AAAGAGUCUGUGUUUGAGUUUUGUGAUUGUGUAAAUAGGAAGUAUUAGGUAAAAUUGUUUGUUUUUAUUUGUUUUACAAGUGUUUUUAGUAUUUUUUUAAAAAGCUACUUUUACAAGACAUGUUAUUUUACCAGUACGUGAUAGGCAACGCGUGAAAGACCAUUUUAUCUGACUCAACCAUGAUGGCUAUACAAACCUUUGUGUUUUUCGACUUGGAAACCACAGGCAUACCAGCAAAUCGAGCAAAAGUUACCGAAAUAACGCUAAUAUCGGUUUCGCGGAGUGACAUUGCAGAAGCAGAUGGAGUGACUCUACCGGCGAUAAGCAAGUUAUCACUUUUGUGUAACCCGAAAAAAAAUAUACAGCCAGCGGCCGUUAAAUUGACUGGCUUAACGAACGAGUUUUUAAAAAAUCUUCCAGAUUUUAAAGACAAUGUUAAGUGUAUAAAUGCAUUUUUGGAUAAACCAAAGCCAGUCUGUCUUGUAGCCCAUAAUGGAAACAGAUUUGAUUUUAAAAUAUUACAAAUAGAAUACCAGACUGCAAACGAGGAGUUACCACAUGGAUUACUAUGUAUAGACACCUUAGAUGCUUUUAGAAACAUAUUGAAAAAUCCAAAGUAUUGCUCUAAUAUGUCAGUGCAUGAUAUUUCAACAAGUUCUCUAGAUGAAAGUGAUAGAAUCAUUAAAGAUGACAGCUGGCAAGAUCUAAGUAUAGAAGAAGUUCAAGAAAUUGAUGAGUUGAUUGAGCACUUCUCACAGAUUUCAAGUACACCGAAAGGUAUAAAAGCUAGAAAAAAAAUUAAAACUGAAACUCCAAAAGUAGAAAAAGCUCCAAAAAUCAGUUAUACUUUAUGCAGUAUAUAUGAAAAAUUGUUAAAUAGAAAACCAAAGGAAUGUCAUAGAGCUGAGGCAGACUGUAUCAUGCUUUUGGAAUGUGCUAUUGCAACAAAACAUGACUUUUUAGCUUAUGCUGACAGUAAACAAAAAUUAAUCAGCCAAAUAUAGUUUAACAUACUAAGUUAAAUAGAUUAAGAGAAAUUGUAAAUUUAAGACAAAGUCACUAAGGUUAACUUGAAAUCUAUAGAGUGAACUUUGAAUUUGCUCAGACUUGAGACACUUGAAACAAGACAGUGUUAUAUCCCUUACAUAAAUCUGUCUCGUUUUAAAUGAAACUUACGCCUGGUCAAAGUCAAAGAAUGCUCUAAUAGAUCUCUAGAUAGUGCUGCAAAGAAAAUCAUAUCCUAUUUUCAUAUGCUAUUUACAUUAUAUGACAUGUUAUUUUUAUUGACUUCAGAAAAUGUAUAAUUUAUGUUAAACAAAGUGAAUUUAUAUAUUUACCAAAUUUUUAUAUUGUGCCUUUUCUUUUGCCUUUUUCUGUAAGUAUCAUGAGACAUUUAAAAGCAUCAGGUACAUAAUAAUUAUAUCAAAGUAGGUACUGAGUACCUAUUCUUUAUUUUAAGCAUGCUAUCAAUGUAUAUGUUAUAAGAUCUGGUCACCCUAAUGUAUCAAAUAUUGUAACAAUGCAAGGAUUAACAGUUAGGUAACAAUGACUCACAUUGAAUCAUGCAAGAUAUCUUUAGAUAUAAUCCUUGUGCUGAGUGCAUGCAUCAUGCAAGAUAUUUUUAGAUAUAAUCAUUGUGGUGAGUGCGUUCUCAUUUGUGCAUUAUAUGUACCUUAUAUUUCUUUUAAGAAUUUUUAAUUUUUUUAAAUGUUUUAUUCAAUUUAAUUUUUAUUUCUAAUCAAUACCAGAUAUCUGUUUUUUAAUUGAUCACUUAGUUUUUACUUGUAUACAAUCAAAGUAAUAAUUAUAUACUGUACCUAAUGACUGAUAAUACAUAUCUAUGCUGAUAAUAAAAAAUCAACAAUUUUAUUUUUAUUUCAUUUUAAUCUGGUGUAGUACAGAUCAUUAACAAAUGUUAUUUGGUGAUUUAUUUAUAUUUAUUUAAAAAUAUUUUUAACUGAAAAGCUUUCAGUUAAAAAUAUUUUUUUUAAAACAAUUAUUUAGUAGUUUUAAAAAAAAGUUGAUUAUACAAUCUAACUACGGAUGUUGUACUACUAUUGUAAUUUUGAACGUUAUGCAUACAUUUUGAUAACACACUCCCAUAUUUGCUCUAAAGUACGAUUUUAGGCCUCAAUCCGUUUUUGCAUGAUAAUAAAUACCUUACACAUAGAGCAAAUGUGGUGAGUGCAUUCUUAAAGUGUAUGCAUUAUACCUUUUAUUUUUUCAAGAAUUUUUCAGAUUUUUUGAUAUUUUAUUCAUUUUAAUUUUUAUUUCUAAUCAAGACCAUAUACUUGUUUUUUUUAAUUGAUUACUUAGUUUUUACUUGUAUACAAUCAAAGUAAUAUUUAUUAUAUUAUAUUGUCCCUACCUAAGGACGUGACAAUAAAAAAUCAACAAUUUUA